UGAGCGCUGCCAGAUACGACACCUCGGUGCAAAACGAAGAGACUAGCUUCCUUUUUGCGUUCGCUCACGGCGAGGGAUACGCAACCACAAAUAUGGGACGAGUAAUCCGAGCUCAGCGUAAAGGAGCGGGAAGCGUCUUUCGCUCCCACAACAAGCACAGGAAAGGAGCUCCCAAGCUUCGAGCCGUCGACUUCGCCGAGCGUCAUGGCUACAUUAAAGGAAUUAUCAAGGAAAUUCUGCAUGACCCCGGCCGUGGUGCCCCCCUUGCACGGGUGGUGUUUCGUGACCCGUACCGGUACAAGCUCAAGAAGGAGCUGUUCCUGGCAGCAGAAGGCAUGCACACUGGCCAGUUUAUCUACUGCGGCAAGAAGGCUGCCCUCCAGGUUGGCAAUGUGCUUCCCGUGGGUACCAUGCCUGAAGGCACGGUGAUCUGCAACGUCGAGGAGAAGGCUGGAGACCGGGGCCGGCUGGCACGUACGUCGGGCAACUAUGCCACUGUGAUUGCGCACAAUGCCGACACACGCAAGACUCGCAUCAAGCUCCCCUCGGGUGCCAAGAAGGUGCUGCCCUCAGCCAACCGCGCCAUGGUGGGCAUCAUUGCCGGUGGCGGUCGUGUUGAGAAGCCCAUCCUUAAGGCUGGCCGUGCGUACCACAAGUACAAGGCAAAGCGCAACUCGUGGCCAAAGGUCCGCGGUGUCGCCAUGAACCCUGUCGAGCAUCCUCACGGUGGUGGCAACCACCAGCACAUCGGCAAGGCCUCGACUGUCAGGAGGGAUGCCUCAGCUGGUCGCAAGGUCGGUCUCAUCGCUGCCAGGCGGACAGGUCGUAUCCGUGGUGGCAAGGUCAAUGCUCAGGGCAAGGACGAUUAGGCUCUUGUUGUGUAAAGCUUGUGAUAAUAAUAAAGCAAGAUGCCUCUACCAAA